AUGAGUUCAUCAACAACUACCACCACCACAACGACACUCAUGACUCAACCACCCUCUUCUCCAACAACCAAGAACAAUGGAGGAACCAUGCCCGAUACCAUGACUCCAACUCUCUCGCCCAAGCUCUAUGGCUCACCACUUCCAUCCACAAAAGUGGUACCAUUCGCAACCAUCCACUCCUCCACUGAAAAGAUUGGGACUUCUUCUGAACUGUAUUUGCCAUCGUUACAACAACGGCCUUCACGAUAUGUUCAAUAUUUACAACAGAGCGUGAUCCGUUUCAUGUUUGCCUUGAUCACUCUGUUCACGAUCGCAUGUAUUUGUUUAGGACGAUUCACAAUGGCACAAGGCUUAUUAUUUGAAUUUGUUGUUUGUGUGGGCAUGUUAAUGAUGGAUCCAUAUGUCAUGAUGCAAAGACGAUGGAGAAGAGAAAUGAGUCAUCAAUUGCCAUCACCAAAACAGUAA